AAUAACUCGCUUGCGAAAGGAUAGCGGUAAACAAUGCUGCUCUAUCCCUACGGAGUCACGUGGACUCCGGCCACUCCAUUGGUGUCCCGAAGCAUACCCAACUUGGCGGCGUUUCCCGCCGGUGGCGGCCGGCGAUCUCUAAAAUUUGUCCUCUUCUCUGUACCUAGUCGGUGCUUCACCUGUGCAUCUGCUUCCCCCGAUCGCUGCAACGCCGGAAAAGUAGAAGGCUCCACGAUCGACCGCGCAGCUUACGAGAACGAGCGGCUCCGGCUUGACGCAGAUGCUCGCGAUGCAAUGGCGGCGACGGCGUCUGCAUCGGAGGGAAGUGAAGAUCCUCGGUCGUGGAAAUGGAGGAUACGGAAGAGGAUAUGGGACCUCAUGGAGGCCCAGGACAUUGCUCGGAACCCUCGUCCUGUACACCAUCGCAUCCCUAACUUUGUUGGCGCGCCUAAAGCCGCAGAAUUGCUAGGGCGUCUUGAAGAAUUUCAGAAGGCGCAAUGUGUUAAAGUGAAUCCAGAUUCGCCUCAAAAGCAAGUCCGAUUCUUAACGCUCACAGAUGGAAAGACGUUGCUGACCCCUCAACCACGUCUGAGGACUGGAUUCUUUUCAGUCCUAGAAUCCCGGAUGAUUCCUCCUGAAUCCAUAAUGGAGGCAUGCUCUUCAUUUGGCUUUGCAAAAUAUGGGAAACCUAUUGGUUUGGAUGAGAAAAUCAAGGUAGAUCUGUUGGUUAUUGGUUCUGUUGCUGUUGAUCCGCACACCGGCGCUCGACUUGGGAAGGGCGAGGGAUUUGCUGAACUUGAGUAUGGGAUGCUGCGACACAUGGGGGCUAUUGAUGAUUCAACUCUGGUGGUAACCUCUGUGCAUGAUAAGCAAUUGGUUGAUGACAUUCCUGUGGAAAAACUUCUGAUCCAUGAUGUGCCAGUGGACAUAAUCUGCACUCCAAAUCAACUUAUUUACACAAACACAACCAUCCCAAAGCCUCAAGGCUAUUGGGUUGAUACAGGAAUCUAUUGGGAUAAGCUUUCUCCAGAAAAACUUAGCCAGAUUCGAAUUCUAAGAGAGCUUAAGAAACUGAUAGAGAAAGAAACAGGGCAGAUUUUACCCUCUGGUCCUUCUGAAAAGCUUCCCCCUACCGCCCAAAGGAGAAAACUUAUAUGAAAGCUGAGAUUUGCAGACAUUUGUAUAUUUGAUGCAGUAAUAUACUUCAAUAGGCAAUGGAUAAGGCUGAUGUAUCUGAUGCAUUAAUUUUUCUCGAUGAUCGAUUUAUUUCUUCUGCA